UUGAGCGUCGGGAGAUCAAUUAACGGCGACAUUGAGGUGGGUUGAUCGCUUUUUCUUCUCGAUCUAAAAUGAAUGACAAUCAGAUCAUGUUGUCAAUUAUUAUUUUUAAAUCGACAUCAUUGAACGUUAAGACAAAAUCACUUUGUGGUAUUUAAUGACGUCUCCGUCAACAUUUAAAUAACCACCCCCAAAUCAGUUGGGAUUCACUUUGCCAUUCGUUGUUGUGCAGAGAUCGAUAAAAGAAAUUAUUAGUUAUUGUACUGGAUCGAUAGAACCUAUAAUACCCCAAAAUCUAUGGACAUAUUUUUGUUUUCCAAUAAAGUAAUGUCAAAUAUUUGAAGCGUCAUCGAUUCAGAUUGAAAUAAUUCUGAAUAUUUCUCGAAACAUAAACAAAUGUCAUUUUACCGGAAGUGACCUUUCUCCACUGGUCAUGUGAUCAGACGACUCGCAGCACCUGAUCCUCACUUCACUUCAAUCCUUCGACACAGUUUUCGGCCUCCCUUGAUGCCAACCAUUUGUCUGUCGCCUGUGAAGAAAUCGGAGUUGGAUGUAGGAUCGUUGUUGUAGCAUUCUUGAAUUCAUGCCGUCCACACCUCCAAGUAGACGUCGACAAUAAACCGUUCUGUUCGUCUUGGAUUUAUUGCAUAAUUAUUUCAAUUGUUUUGAUUGUCAUGGAAUGUGUAUCUUUGAAAGGAAAAUGUGUCACUCCGAGAGUAGAUUAAUAAUGUCAGUCCAUUCCACAUGUUUACCUGAGUGAUGUCAAUGUAUUGAUAAAGAACACGCAGUGAAUCAUGUAUGAAUUUUGGUUGAUCUCAGCACCAGGUGACAAGACUUGUGCACAGACAUGGGAGAGUUUGAACAAUCUAACAGCAAGACAGAACAACCUCUCUACAAACUAUAAAUUCCAAAUUCCUGAUUUAAAAGUUGGCACCUUAGAUGUGUUGGUGGGUCUCUCUGAUGAUCUUGGCAAACUGGAUGACUAUGUGGAGAGGGUAACACGAAAAUUGGCCCAUUACCUUGGUGAGGUACUGGAAAAUCAAAGAGAAAACCUCCGUGAGAACCUCAAAGCUGGUGGAGUUGACCUUGUUACUUACCUGUCACGGUUCCAGUGGGAUCUUGCUAAAUAUCCAAUCAAGCAGUCAUUACGUAACAUUGCUGAAAUCAUCUCAAAGCAAGUGUCUCAGGUGGAAUCAGACUUGAAGACUAAAUCUAAUGCUUACAACAGCUUGAAAGGAAACCUCCAGAAUCUGGAAAGGAAAGCCACUGGAAGUCUGUUGACCCGCAAUUUAGCUGAUAUUGUCAAGAAAACGGACUUUGUGCUUGACUCUGAGUAUCUUACAACGUUGUUGGUUGUUAUUCCAAAAAAUAAUAAUCAAGAUUGGCAAAUCAAGUACGAGACAUUGACAGACAUGGUUGUUCCACGUUCUAGCAAAGUUCUGUUUGAUGACGGAGACAGUCUUUUAGUGUCAGUGACACUCUUUAAACGAGUUGUUGAUGAAUUUAAACAUCACUGCCGCGAAUGCAAGUUUUCUGUUCGAGACUUUACAUACAAUGAAGAAGAGAUGAUUGCUGGCAAGAAUGAAUUAUCUAAACUAGAAGCUGACAAAAAGAAACAAUUUGGUCCCUUGGUGAAAUGGUUAAAAAUAAAUUUUGGUGAGUGUUUUGCAGCUUGGAUCCAUGUGAAAGCUUUAAGAGUUUUUGUUGAAUCAGUCUUAAGAUAUGGCCUGCCAGUCAAUUUCCAAGCCAUGCUUCUACAUCCUCACAAAAAGGCACAGCGUCGCCUGAGAGAAGAAUUAAAUAAACAUUAUAGUCACCUUGACAGUGCAGCACUUGCUGGUAAUGAUCCAGCUGUGGACAUACCAGGACUGAACAUGGGUCAACAUGAAUAUUAUGCUUACGUUUUCUACAAGAUUAAUCUAGACAUGUUGGACAGCAAUGCAAGGUUCUGAGGUGGUUACGACCAGAAAAUAAACAAAUCUGAAACUUUCACAACAUUCCAUAAACAACUUUGUGAAUGUCACUGAUUUCUGCUGUGUACAAUAGUGUAUGAACACUACAACAGUGUGUGUAUAUAUGUGUGUGUAUACACAAUAUAAACACCCAUAGUACACACUUCUGAGAGCAUGCAAUAAAGACUUUACCAUAAUAUCUUGUUUUACUGAGAGACAGGAUUAGCAAGUAGGAUUUUCUCUAUGGAUCAGGUGUGGUGGUGGUGGGGGUGGGUGGGGUGCCCUGUGGUGUUAGAGUAGUUAGCAAUCGGCAUGCCUCCACUCUCCACUUGGUUACUUAUUCAUUAUUAUCAUUGUUAUUAUUAUUGUUAAUAUUAUUAUUAUUAUUAAUCCUACCCUCAUCGUCAUCACCAGUGUUCCCUAGUAUGGAGUCAGGUGUUAUGGUGAAAGAUUUUGAUAAUUUCAACUGUCUUGUUAACACUUUUCCCUUUGUUUGUUCUGUUUUCUCAUAAUCCAGAUGUGAUUAUUAUUAUUAUUAUUAUUAUUAUUAUUGGUGUUUUGAACAAAUUUAUAGUCAACAAAUGGUUGUUAUAGCUCUGCUGGGGGUGGGGGAGUGUCCAAAUUCUUGACAAAAUGAAUCUAUUGUGUCAUUAAUGAUGAAUUGUUAUAAGAUAUCGAUUAAAGGAACUGAUAAAAAAUAUUGAUUUCCUUUUUUAUUUAUCAGCCCUCAUUGAUUUUACUUUCUACUCACAUUUUUCACACACUCACACAGUGUAAAUUCAAUGAAGAAUAAGAAAAGUGAACACAAGAGGGACAAGUUUUCAUAAAUAUACUUGCUGAAUGCUUCAACAGAAAGAGUCGUAACAUUUCUGUCCGUUCCGAUGAAGGAACAGAAAAGCACAACGGAAGUGAGAAACCAGAACAACCUGUGAAAGAAGCAGCACACAGAUGAGGAGUUAGAAAGCCGAAGGUGGGAGCAAAAUAAUUAAGGAGGAGGUGUCGAAAAUGCUCGUUUUUCUUAACUUGACAUUCCAUUUUAAUGAUCUGAUAAAAAUUAACUAGAAAAAAAAAUAAAGAUUCCAAAAUGAUUCAAAAAUAGAAUUUUCGAAAAAAAAUAGAUUCCAAAAUUUGAAAACAUAAUAAUCUCUUAUGCUAGAAACAGCAGUCAUUAUCACAGCAGCCAGCUGUCUGCACCAGCUCCAGCAGAAGCCGCACACACACACACACACACAUAUAUAUGUAUAUACUCAAGUGAGCAGACAAACGAAAGUGGUAUUCAACACAUUUAAUAAGAGUUACAUAUUUUUAAUAACAGAUUGACUCAGCUCUGCAUGACUUAAAGUUUUGUGGGCAUGUAAGACGGCCAUCUCCUCAGAUACAAAGAGAAGAGUGAGAGAUUUAAGAUAAAUUCAAGAUGGCUUCUUGAUGCCAGGCCUCUGUUGGUCAGCCCAGGUCACAUACUUUUAAUAUUGCCCUGCUUCAUCUGGAGACUGUGACCAAUGAAAUGAUUUCCCCAACUACAAAUCAAGCACCAUUGACAGGAUCCCUCCUUAUUCACUUGGCUAUUACAAUUGCCAAUGCCAUCUCUAUGGGAGACUGAACAUACUUCACCAACAAGCAGUAUCCAUCAACAGGAAAAAGGGGAAGGCCCUAUUGAUGAAUUUCAAACCAGUGGCUGCUGACAAAAACAGAUAUGCCAACUUAGGCCUGGCUGUUCCACACACAAGGGUAAGGUAUUUAAUCCCUAUAUUCACAUAGACUACAGCCUCCACCUGUGUUGGUCAUCCACCUUCAUUUGUAAGACCAACAGCUUUGAUUAGUCUCUUACUAAUUUGCUCAAACUCCACUGAAAGACAAUUGAAUGACUGAUUCAUUGUAACAUCCCACCUCACCAUAUGCAGAACCCAAUACAAGGGACUGAUGUCAUUGAGUCCAUUUUGCAGCAGACUACCACUAAUAUCCUGUCCAAAAAUAAAGAUAAUAGGUGGUGUGACUUUCACAGCAUUAACACCAUGUAAUCUGUGCUGACCAAUAGAGGCCACAGACCUAGCAGCUAAAAGCCAUCUUGAAUUUGUCUCAAGCUGUAGAACAUUGUCAGAUCAGAUUGGAGCCUGAUGCUGUCACUGGCUUUCCAGAGCUCAGUCAAACCGUCCAACCCAUGCCAGCAUGGAAAACGGACGUUAAACGAUGAUGAUGAUGAUGAUGAUAGGUAUGCACUAAAGUUGCAAAAGCUGAUAAAUUGCAGCAUUCAUUGAGAUGUUGCAAAGAAACUCAGAGUCCUUAACUGAUAAUGUGAAAGUAAAUAAAAUAUAUCCUCAACAAUUCAAUUUCUUUUCUCUAGCUCUAGAAUAGAGUUGUGUCAACUUCAAGACAUUAUCUGAGAACUUUCAAACAAUUUACGAAAGCAACUGACAUGGAUGGCAAACCCAUAGCUAGAGACUUCUAGAAGUUCAACAUAAUAGAUGCUGCGGACAGCAUAGUUGAGUCAUGGAAUGAAGUAAAAGCUUCAUCUUUGAAUGGCCAGAUUGUAUCUGUGGCUUUACAAGUUUUCUACCAGCAGAAAGUCUACAUCAAAUUCAGAAAGAUACUGUGACACUUGCAAAUGAUAUAUAUUUCAAGAGGAGGAUGUGGCUGAGUUGCUGGUGUCCCAUAGAGAAAGUUUAUCGAACGAAAAGCUGAUGCUCUUAGAAGAAAAAAAAGCAAGCUGAAAAUACGGACGAAAAUGAGGAAAUCCCAUCAACUCCAUUUAAAUUCAAAAAUUAUUGCUGAAGGGUUGGCACCUAUAGAGGAACAUUUUUGCUGGUAACCAUGAACAUAACCAUAACAUUUACAAGAGAAGUUUACUAUGAACUCAGUUUAUACUCUGAACUGUCUGUAGAGAUGAUGCGCCAAAAACAACAGAUAACUUUGGAUUUCUUUGCCCUUUCAGUAGAUGUUGAUGAUAAUGAAACAAGAUAGAAGAUAGUGAUCCUCCACCUCCGAGAAUUCAUAGCAUCACCAUCAAUAAGUCAAUAUCGAACUCUACAACCGUAUUACGAUUCCUAUUUAUUCCCUAACGUAUUUUUAGCAAAUGUUUUUAUGGUUACAUAUUGUACUGAAUGUAUUUCGAAAUUGUUAUUUUCAAGCAUAAAAGCGAUCGUAUUGGUGAAUUUGUUAGUUUUCCGAGAAAAAAGUUCGUCAGAAUGCUUCUAACUUUCCAACAUGAAAAUCAAUGGGGAAUUAGCUUCGCUUUACGGAAUUUAAUGUUACAAGACUUGAAAAACGCAUUACUUCUGCAAUGUGGAGGAUUCUUGUAUUUUAUUGUUAUUAAUGAUGUGAAAAUAUAAUAUAUCGAAUUCUAUAUGACUAUAUUUAAUAUUUUUGUUAAUAAAAAGGGACCAGUGUGAUUAAGAAUCGCUUAUUUUAACGAGAA